CCCAGACAGAGCCAAAGAGAGCUGCUAUUUCCCAUGAAACAGGGAUACACGAGGCCAUUUCCAAGGAUUGUUUCCAGCUAGAUCUUUAACAAAUGGAAGAUGCCAUUCCUUUUGCAUGACUGGCAAUAUAUUUGCCUGGACAAUAACCGGCAGCCAUAGAUUUUAAGUCAGACCCAGAAGACGGACAACAGCAAUGAAACUGCAUGCUUCAUUCACUGCCGUAAUAUCAGAGGCUGUUGCUCCGGUGAUCUCAGCAAUGUUAUUUUCCUGGAGUACUUAGAAGAGAUGCAAUAGGCAGCAAUGGAUUUUAGCGCUUCAUCCGUGUUUGAUCAACAGAAAGGUGAUUCAGCUGAAGAAAUUGACCUGACUCUGGUAUACCAAGCAGCAGCCAACGGGGAUGUUAAUAACCUGACUGCUGUUAUUCGUGAAGAUCCUUCCAUACUAGAAUGCUGUGACAGUGAGGGGUGUACACCACUGAUGCAUUCAGUCUCAGGACGUCAACUAGACACUGUGAAGUUGUUGCUGAAGAUGGGAGCAAACAUCAACACACAAGAUGCCCGCGGGCGCACCAGUCUUUCUUUAGCAACCUACCUGGGGUGGCUUGAGGGCUGUGUCAGCCUGCUGAGAAACGGUGCCAAACAGAACAUCCCUGAUAAAAAUGGAAGACUGCCACUACACGCUGCCACUGCCGAUCCCAAUGUCAGGCUUUUAUCUGUGCUGCUACAACAAUCUGAUUUGAGUGAAAUUAACCAUCAGGAUGCUGAGGGGAUGACAUCACUUCACUGGGCUGCGUUCCAUAAUCGACCCCAUCAUGUGCAAAUACUGCUUCAAAAAGGAGCUGAUCCAACAUUGGUGGACAAAGAUUUUAAAACUGCUCUUCAUUGGGGGGUACAGAGUGGAAACCGGAUCCUGUGUUCUAUCAUCCUGAGCCACCAUCAGGGCCCAUCAAUAAUCAACUACGACGAUGAGAAUGGGAAGACCUGCCUUCACAUUGCCGCGGCUGCAGGAUACAGUGACAUUAUCAGUGAGCUGGCUAAAGUCCCAGAAUGCAACUUGCAAGCCCUUGACGUGGAUGACAGGACACCCUUACACUGGGCUGCAGCAGCAGGGAAAGCCGACUGUGUCAAGGUGUUGUUACAGCUGGGGGUAGAGAGCAGUCCAAGAGACAUCAAUGAGAACACCCCCCUGACGUAUGCUAUGUACUGUGGGCACACAGCAUGCAUUAAACUGCUCUCCCAAGAAAACAGGCUAGAGCUAGUUCAUCAAGUUUCCCCCCAGAACAAUAAAUUCUCAAAGAAAGAAAGUCGAUUCAGUAUGCUUAACCAAAUCUUCUCCUGCAAAAAUAAAAAGAACGAUCAGAAGGCAAACCAGAAAGACAAAACCAGAGACAGAACUCUGAGGGAAGAGAGCUCGGAAGUCGAUGACAUCAUCACGACAUUUGACUGCAUUAUGGAUGCAAGCUACAAAGGCUCUUCUGAGGAGUGUGUCGUGGCUGUAGACUUGAAACGAAGAAGCACAGACACUAAGAAGUACCUCAUCUCAGAAAAUAGCCCACCAGACUGUUGUAGCCUUCCGCCAAUAAGAGCCCAAAGCCUCCCACCCAUUACUGUGAAUCAUCCUUUUUUAACGUCCUCUCCUAUGACAACUUCUAUGAGUUUGGGUACAGAUGCCCGCCAUUUUGCACAUUGCUCUCAAAAAAGCAGAAGCGAACACAAUUUGUCAGAACAAAGGAACAGCCAACAAACUUUGGACAACACUUGGGAAAUUGACGCUAACCAAAUACUUACACAUAAAAUCUGGACAGUCAUGCCUUCUGAUAAUAAACUGGUAGAUGGAUUGUUUCCGGAAAGAUCCAGUCGUGUCUUGUUUUGCCCUCCCUAUCUUCCUCGCCUGCCUAAUGCUCCAUCAGGGAAACAUUUUCUGCAGGCAACCCUAGAACAACCCAAAGUAAAAGACCUUAUACCUGUGCGGAAGACCUUGGCGCCUUUAUUAAACCACUGUGUUCAGAAAGUCCCGUUACCACUUGGCCAAGUUUCUGAAGACGGCAAGGAGUCAAAGUCCUUGUUUUUAAACGCCUUAAGGACUGCCAACUCAGUUCUCCCAUCGGCACUUACCACAAAAUUCCAAAAAACUGGACUUCCUCAGAGUUACUUACUGCAUUCUUUACCUGUUCUAUCACAGGAGCCUCUCCGAACAAGCAGAGUCCUGCCUUCCAUCCCAAGACAGAAGAGAUCAGGCCUCAGAGGGGAAGCACUCAGCCAAACUCACAACACAUCAAAUAAGGACAAUUAGCUCACAAAAUCUGGGUGGCUCCACGAAAUUGGGGAGGUGUUAUUGUUUUUAGUACACGCAUUUCUUCAGUGUUUGCUGAAGUGUGUCCAUUGCAAUUACAGGGUUAGCAAACAGGCAAUUUCCUAAGGCAAAAAGCAUUUGUCACAGAUAUCCACUGGGUGUGUUUUUUUAAACUUAUUGGAAAUAUGCUACCAAAUGUGUGGUGGAAAUGCAGGGGAGGGAGGUGAAACCAAGUAAAAACGUCACUAUUUCAUCUUGGACGAGAAUGCUGUUUCUAUCGGGAAUGCCCAGAACUGGAUCCAAUUUGCGUCAUAAUUUAGCACACUCAUAUCUCAUUGAGAGCUGAUUUCUGUAUGGCAGCCAAAAAAGACUCACUAUCCUGGACAUCACAUGGAAGUGUUCACUGUUCUGGACAUCCAUGUAACCAGUUCAGCCCAUACUUACGCUGUGUUUGCAUAUCCUGUCAGCCAUGCAGGUGUGCAAAUACUACUGAUUCAUUGGCCAGUAUACAGAAUAAGAGCCCUUUAAAGACAGUGCCCUGCUAUCAACUAUACCUGUUUGUUUUUCCCAGCACUGACCAAUCAGCAGCUGAUAUGUUUAAAUCAGUUCAGUGAAGGACUUACAUCUGCUUGUGUGGCUCAUUGAUUUUGAGAGGAUUUGAACACAGUGCAAUCCUGUUCGGCAUUCCUCCAGUCUAAGCCCAUUGAAAUCAAAGGGUUUUAGCUCAAGGAAUUCUACAUAAAAUUGCAUUGCUGAUUUGCUGCAGAAUGCUGUCUAAGUGUUUGGAUUCCUAAGGCGGGUAUUGGAAAGGGUUUUUUUUUUCAUUCUAACUAAUUUUAAAAAUCUAUAAUUUAAAGAAAGAAUACAUUUCUUGCCAGAAUUCCUUCCCUAAAUAAAUGCUGUCUUUAACAUUUCUUAAAAGCGAUUAUUGAGAUCUACAUGUUUUUGUGUGACUCAAAUAGUAUCAACAAGGGCAGGGCAAAGAAUGGCAUUAACUUCUCCAAAUUCUUAGUCAUGGCUA